AGGAACAUCACAGAGAGGCUAAGAAGACGAGCAAGAAAGAAUUUAACAUAGAGCCGAUUUCACAGACGGCCACUAACAACCAUUCUUUCAGCCGGCUAUAUCCCCACUGUUUGCCAGCCCCAUCCCCUUUAAAUUAACCCCCCCUUACUUUCUACUAUAUAUUAUUUGCAUGCACCAUUCUACUCUCUACUUUUUCAUCUAUCUUUCUUACUCCUUGGUGCAACUAACUUCAUUUUUCUACUAUUAUUCAUGGGAAAGGCAUCACAAGUUAACAAGAAUAAUAAUCAUAAUCUUAGUGUAAUCAAUGGCAGUACUACCAAGGUGAAACGUACGAGGAGGAGUGUCCCUAGAGACUCUCCACCUCAAAGAAGCUCGAUUUACAGAGGAGUCACUCGGCAUAGGUGGACGGGAAGAUAUGAAGCUCAUCUGUGGGACAAGAAUUGCUGGAAUGAGUCUCAGAACAAGAAGGGACGACAAGUCUACCUUGGUGCUUAUGACGAUGAAGAGGCCGCAGCACAUGCUUAUGAUCUAGCAGCACUUAAAUACUGGGGUCAAGAUACCAUUCUCAAUUUUCCGGUAUCGAAGUACCAGAAUGAAUUGAAAGAAAUGGAGGGUCAAUCAAGGGAGGAGUAUAUUGGAUCACUAAGGAGGAAAAGCAGUGGAUUUUCCCGGGGAGUUUCUAAAUAUAGAGGUGUUGCAAGACAUCAUCAUAACGGAAGAUGGGAGGCUCGGAUAGGCAGAGUUUUUGGGAAUAAAUAUCUCUAUCUUGGAACUUAUGCUACACAAGAAGAAGCUGCCACUGCCUAUGACAUGGCUGCUAUUGAAUACCGUGGACUUAACGCCGUCACCAAUUUCGAUCUCAGCCGUUACAUUAAGUGGCUUAAGCCUAACAAUAACAGCAACGAAAAUGAUCAUAAUAAUAAUAAUAAUAACAACAGGAUUAGUUUUAAUCUUGCUGCUGCUGUUGCCGUUGAUUACGUUAACCCUAAUUGCAAUAACACCAACUUCACACCAAACUUCAAUAAUAAUAGCCUCUUCAACCACGAACCAUUAUUCAUUAAUAAUAAUAAUAUUGAUAAUAAUAAUAAUAAUGGAAGUAAGUUGGGUCAGGCUCGACCUGGUGCCACGUCAGCCCUAGAGCUUCUGCUUCAGUCGUCCAAGUUUAAGGAAAUGAUGGAGAUGACGUCAUCAGUGGCGAAUAAUAAUAAUAAUAAUCCAUCAACACCAGCAGAGUGUAGUGAUGAGUUGCCACAGUGCAAUUUCCCUGACGACAUUCAAACUUAUUUUGAGUAUGAAGAUUCAAAUAAGUAUGAAGAAGGAGAUCAUGAUACGUUGUUCAACGAGAUCCACUCAUUUGUGCCAAUGUUCCACUGCGAUGACUUCGAGAAUUGACGAAUUUCCUGAUUUUCUUAAUUUAUUUCAUUUAUUUAAUUAUUAUUAUU